GCGGUUUGCCAAAAAAUGACAUCACUGUGACAUCAGACAUGUCACAUGCUUGGAGCCUGUGGGGGGUUGGGGGUGGGGGGUGGUGCCUUGCCAAAAAAUGACAUCACUGUGACAUCAGACAUGUAACAUGCUUGGAGCCUGUGGGGAGGUGGGGGCUUGUGGCGGUUUGACAAAAAAUGACAUCACUGUGACAUCAGACAUGUCACAUGCUUAGAGACAGUUACAUGACAUCAGACAUGUACGCAUCAUCAUCUUUAGUCCUUAAAUAGACCCCAGAAAGCAUUCUUUCUCAUUGCCCGUUUGGUUUUACCAGUGAGCACACGUUCUGUUCCCCAGCUACUAGAAGCCUUGCAUUCCCGUCAAGCGUCUUCCACUUCCACUGAGGAACACGCAGUUUUUUUUCUCAUAUCACAAAAAACUGCAUCUAUUUUACUUUUGACGAGGACAUUUUCAAUAUUUUCAUAACUCUAAAGAAAAUCACUGAAAAUGUUCUUACGCCGUCUCAGAGACUCUGGGGUUGAGGAGAGCUCCCUCAAACAGAAUCUCUCUGAUCUGGAAACUAAAGUCCAGGAAAUCACUUCAAUGACCAGCCAGCUGCAAACCCUCGCCGCUGAGCUGGAAGGCAAGAAAAGCCUCAGAGGAGCCUACGCUGGACUUUCCCAGGCAAAGAAAUCAGCCUCCAAACUUGCCAAGCAGCUGGAAAAAGACUUGCAGCGUGUCACCAAGAAAAUCCAGGCCCAAAAACCCCUGGAGGACCGUUGCAAGAAACAGCAGCAAAAAAUUAAUCUCCUGACUGAGAGCAAUGCCAACCUCAAGGCAAAUCUUCAGGAGCUCCAGAUGAGAGUCUGGGAUCCUGAAGAGUUGUCCAGUGAGUUAAAGAAAACCAAGCUCACAGCCAAAGCUCUAAGUCAGGAGAACCAAGAGCUGCAGAAAGAGGUUCAAAGGGUCCAAACCACCAUCGUGGCUCUAGAACCUCAAGAAAAGCUGCUGAAAGAGACUAGAGACCACCUCCAAACACUGCAGGAGAAAAACCUUGAUCUUCAGAACCAGCUGAAAAACCUCCAGAGACAUCAUGAGGAGGAGGCAGCACUGAAACAACAUUAUGCCUCCAUCCUGGACCAAACCAAGUUUCUGGAGGAGCAGAACUCCAUCCUGGACUCUGAAAUCCUUCAUCUUACUCUGCAGUGUGAGGAGGCUAAACCAUGGAUUCAGCACUUCCACGAGGUCACCACUGACCUCCAGGGACUGAAACAAGCCAAUUCUGAACUCAUGGAAAAACGGGACCACCUUAAAAAGGAGCAGGAACAAGUCUCCAAAAGAAAACAAGAGUAUCUCCAAGCAAAAACACAUUCCCUUCAUCUGGAAAAGCAAAAGGAAAACAUUUCUAAAGAAGUCAAAGACCUCCAGGAGAACCUUAAAAAAGAGCAAGGACAAGUCUUCCAAUUGGAAAAACAACAUUUCAAAGCAAAAUCUGAGGUUCUGAAAUGGGAAAAGGAAAAGACAAAUAUCAUCAAAGAAAUGGAAGAAAUUCAGGAGAAACGGAAAAACCUGGCUGAAGGAAAAGACAAAUUGGCUGCAAUAAAAGCCAAUCAGAGAACCGCCAUCGACGAAAAGAAAGCGCUCACCUCCAAGCUAACGGCCCAAAGAGUGGCGCUCUACAAAGAAAAGGCAGGCUUCCGUGGAGACAAUGGCUUUUCUGCUGACCUUCUGGAACACAAGUGCAAAGAGGAAACUGAUCGCCUCCAGGCUCAGCAAGAACAAAAUGCUGUUCUACAAGAAGUGCUUUUGGAGAUCCAGAAAAAAGUUGAGAAAGACUCUGAAAUGACUCUCCAGUUCUCCUCUCUGAAAGAUGAAAAAAAGGCUCUGGAGAGAGAAGUCAACAGCCUCAAGCAAGCGAUCAUGAUGCUGUCUCAGGAAUAUAAGGACUUCAGGCAGAAGGCUGAACACUUAGCUAGGAUAGACAAAGCCUCAAAGUACGCAGAACAACCACCCAACGCUGUUUUGAGGCCCCCAAGAGCUCCAGCCAGAGCUGCCGUUCCUGUGUUGGAGGAACCUCCUGCCAUGACAGAAAACACCAACAGGUUCCACCAACAAAGAGCUGCACUCAGAAACCAUCAGGGUGCCGUACCAAAGAGGGUUCCAGGAACCCGGAGGGUCUAGGACAUUCAAGAAGGCUAAUUAUGGGGUGGCAGUGGCUCAGGCUCAGGGACGGCGGCUUGAUCCCUGCUACCCCAGUCAUACGCCCUAGUAACCUUGGGCAAGACACUUCACCCUCCCUGCCUCCAGUGUGGAACCGCUGUUGUGUGUGUGUAUGAAUGUCCCGGUGAUGGUCAGGGGGGGCCGUUGGCGCGAAUUGGCAGCCACACCUCUGUCAGUCUGCCCCAGGAAAGCUGUGGCCCCAUCAGUAGAUACCAUCACCAAGAGUGAAUGAAUAAUGGACACAUUGUAAGCACUUUCAGCGUCUGGAAAAGUGCAAAUUAAUAUAGUCCAUUAUUAUUAUAAUUAUAAUUUAGGCCGUCCUGAUUUAAAAAAAAAUACAAAAAUUUUUUGUCUUUGAAUUAUUUUCUUGAUUAACAUUCUAACUGCUGACUGCUAAUAGCCGAUUGUGGGGCGUGAACUGAUUGAAAAAGACGUAAAUAAAUUCCAGUUCAGCGUGUGAGCUUAAUGUAAAUUUGACAUAAAGUAAAGAAAAUUUGUUUUAAUAAAUAUAGUGUGUAUAUGUGUGUGAGUGGGAAUAUCUCACGUUCUGAGAAUUCCAACCUAAAGCGGUUGUGGCUCAACUCCUGAUCAGUGGAGGUCCUAGACCAUAUUUAUGCGCCCCACUGCACUGCUGCCCCCGCGACCCCGUCCCAUAUGAGCGGGAGAAGAUGGAUGAAUGGAUGGAUAGUUAGUUGUCUGGAAGUGUUUUUUUUCUCUGCACAAAUCUCUAUGUGAAUAAAUUGUUUGUGCAUGGGGUUCUCUCCGGGUGCUCCGGCUUUCCCUAGGUUCUAAAAAAGACUUUUUUUGUGAAUUAGAUUUUUACAGACUGUUAAAGCCAUAUGGUCCUUGAAGUCAGUGACUGUGGGCCAUGAUAACAAAAAUAAUCAUUAAAAAUAAAGAAUAAAAUACAUGAAUAACAAUAAAAUAAUAAAAACUAAA